CUGGAAACGGCCAGUGUUGUAGCCAAGGGUGCAGACGUUAAUGGAGCAGGACGAUCUUGGGGUCUGCGAGACGAGGACUUUGAACAACGUCGGCCCUUGCGUGGGCAGAUUACCAAGCGGGAAGUCAGGGCGGUUAGCCUAUAUUGCCUGGGGUUGCGGCCCGAUAGCAUAGUUUGGGACAUCGGCGCCGGUACGGGCUCCAUUUCGGUUGAGGCAGCAAUACUCUGCCAUCAGGGCAAGGUUUAUGCCGUUGAACGGGACACCGAGAGCCUUCCGCUGCUGCAGAGUAAUGUGGCCCGCUAUGCCAGUGAAAAUGUCAAGAUAAUCGCUGACGCCGCUCCACAAGCCUUGGCGGCUCUGCCCGACCCGGAUUCGGUAUUCGUCGGGGGGAGUGGCGGCGAAUUGCAGGAGAUAUUGGAUAAAGUGGCUAGUCGCUUGAGACCCGCUGGUCGGGUAGUAGCCAACUUUGCAACCCUUGAAAGGACCAACGAAACUAACAGAUGGUUUCAACAACAAGGUUUUCAGAUAGAAAUAAGUAUGAUCAACGCAGCCAGAAGCAAGGAAAUGCCCGACGGGUCAGUCCGGCUGGAGGCGUUGAACCCGGUCUUUGUUGUGACCGCCUGGAGAGAAGGUCCCUCCCGGGAGGACGUGCUGAAUGAGCAGUGA